AGAAACCCUCCACUUCAUCUUUAACCAAACUUUCCUCUUACCCUUAGCAGCCCUAUAACGGCGAGCGAGCGCGACGGUGAGAGGGUGCUACGGUAACAGCGAGCAAGCGCGACGGCAACCGCGAGUGACGACGAUGGCGAGCACAGUGAUGCGAGUGCGAUAGAGGGUGAUGCAGUGCGAGAGAGUGCGACUUAGACCACUGGAGCCUUAAUCAGGUGAGUAUUCUUCAAAAACGCCCUCCGUACGAACUCGUAAAAUCGCUUGCAAACUGGCGAGUUCGAACGAGUUUACCGAUUCUACGUCUGAUUUUACCGAUUCUACACGAAAAACGAGCUUAUUUGCGAUUUGACUUGGAAGUCAUGAAUGGACACGUAAAUUCAUCCGAGUUAACGAGUUAACGAGUUAACUCGCGAAUUUGAUAACAUGGACACGACCUCCGGAUGUCGGACUUUGGGGUCGCGUGGAUCCAAGUGGAACACAUACCAACAUCAUACACAAGCCCUUGUUGAUAUGUGUUUUUAAUCCACGACUAUAAAUGCAAGGCAAAAUAGGGAAGUUAGUGGUGAACUAUUCUCCAAAGAGACUACAUAGAGUUGCGGAAGAGAAGCUGAUAUCCCUAUUAAGCUCAUGCGAAACGUGCGAGCGGCUGCACAAGAUUCAAGCUCAAAUAGUCACCUAUGGACUCCAGGGCAAUGAUUACGUCACCCCUAGUUUCAUCACAGCGUGCAUGCGUCUCGGUAGAAUUGAUGACGCACGAAGAGUGUUUGACACAACGGUGCAACCAAACGGCGCCACUUGGAAUGCCAUGUUUCGAGGCUUUGCUCGAUUGGAGUGUCCCUUUGAAGUCGUUGUUUUGUUUGCACAAAUGCACCGUGCCGGUGCUUCGCCGAAUUGCUUCACUUUCCCAAUGGUGGUGAAGUCGUGUGCUCAGACGAACGCAGUUAGAGAAGGAGAGCAGGUUCAUUGUGUGGUGGCCAAACGCGGUUUUAAGUCGAACGCGUUUGUGGGAACCGCAUUGAUUCACAUGUACUCCGCGAGAGGGGAGGUGUUCGUUGGGGAUGCUAACAAGGUGUUUGGUGAAAUGUGUGAAAAGAAUGUCUUCGCUUGGACUGCGAUCAUCACUGCUCAUGUCGCGUGUCGUGACAUGGCUUCUGCCAGGCGUCUUUUUGACCUGGCGCCGUUGCGUGAUGUGGUGUUGUGGAACGUUGUCGUUUCAGGGUACAUCGAAUUGGGGGACAUGGUAGCUGCAAGAGCGCUGUUUGAUAAAAUGCCGAACCGCGAUGUGAUGUCGUGGAACACCGUCUUGAACGGUUAUGCCUGUAACAGUGAGGUGGAAUUGUUCGAGAAGCUGUUUGAUGAAAUGCCUGAGAGAAAUGUUUAUUCUUGGAACGGGUUAAUUGGAGGGUACGUUCGGAAUGGUCUCUUUAAUGAAGCUUUAGAGUCUUUUAAACGGAUGUUGAUGUUACCAAAACAAGAAGGGGAAGGUGGUGAUGUUGUGGUCGUCCCCAAUGAUUACACAAUUGUGGCAGUGUUGUCUGCGUGUUCCAGAUUGGGGGACCUUGAGAUGGGUAAGUGGGUGCAUGUUUAUGCAGAGAGUAUUGGGUAUAAGGGCAACUUGUUUGUUGGAAAUGCUUUGAUAGACAUGUAUGCAAAAUGUGGUGUUAUAGAGAAAGCACUUGAUGUGUUUAAUUGGUUGGAUGUGAAGGAUAUAAUAACCUGGAACACCAUAAUUAAUGGCCUUGCCAUGCACGGUCAUGCAGAUUAUGCUUUAAGUUUGUUUGAGCGGAUGAAGAGUGCGGGAGAGAAGCCAGAUGGUGUUACAUUUGUUGGGAUUUUGUCUGCUUGUACGCAUAUAGGGUUAGUGAGAGAUGGGUUUCUGCAUUUCCAAUCAAUGGUUGAUAAUUACUCAAUUGUGCCUCAGAUUGAACAUUAUGGAUGCAUGGUGGAUUUGUUGGGAAGAGCUGGUCUUAUAGAUCAGGCUGUGGAUUUCGUGAGGAAGAUGCCAAUGAAACCAGAUGCGGUUAUAUGGGCGGCACUGCUUGGGGCUUGUAGGAUGUACAAGAAUGUGGAGAUAGCAGAAGUGGCACUUGAGCAUCUCAUUGAACUUGAACCCAACAACCCUGCAAACUUUGUCAUGCUUUCAAACAUAUACAAGGAUCUUGGAAGAUUGGAGGAUGUUGCUCGGUUGAAGAUUGCAAUGAGAGAUACCGGGUUCAAGAAAUUACCGGGAUGUAGUGUUAUUAGGUGCAAUGAUAGUGUGGUGGAAUUUUAUUCCUUGGAUGAGAGACAUCUUGAGACAGAGAGUAUAUAUUGGACAUUGAAGGGAUUGACAACUCUGUUAAGAUUGAAUGGAUACGUUCCAAAUCUUGUAGAUGUUGCUCAUGGAAACUGAACGAGGAGAGAGUCAUCUUAAGGGUACUCAAUUCCUCAUGAAUUGUGGUUCAACAUUUGAAAUAUCCACUAACUUUUACAGACCAACACCUAUUCUUCAAAUUCUGGGUCUGUUUUGAAUCUGUGAAGAGUUACGUGUUUUUGGCUAUGAACCACGUUCAGUUUUGCCAAUUGGAGUUGUUGCAUUAGAGGACAACAUGGGUUUUAUGCCUCUUCCCAAAAUAAAAGUUCUUGCUAGUAGUGCGGUUUCCUACACGCCAUUUUUGAGACAUAUGGACUUGGAUGGGUCUGACUCCAGUGACAAAGAAAAGGUUUACCUCUCUGUUGGAUUCUGUCUGCAGUUGUAUCAUAAUACCUGGUGGAGUUCAAGAAACAUUUCUCAUGGAGCAUGGUUUUGAGAUCUCCGAUACCCUUUAAACAUCCACUGCAUGUGGUGGUGGGUAGACCAAUUGAACUCGAGAAAAAUCCUGAGCCAACUCCUGAGGAUAUAUUCUGGAAUCCAGUAGCUUCUAUCGUCUUCUUGUUAUAAAAGUCUGCGUUUUGAUCUUGUUAAUAAGCGUUCAUAUGGUUUUAACUUUGAAAGGCAUAUCUUGCCUUGUCCUAAGGUUGCCAAAGUACAUAGCCAGUUUGUUGAAGCACUUCAAGGUCUAUUUGAACGACACAAAGGUCGAGCUGGAUUUCCAGACCUUGAGUUGAGAAUUGUUUGAUAAUUACACUUGUCUCGUAGGGUAGCCUGUAUUUGGGAGUUUUAAAGAUGGAGUGGGGUGAGAGGUUCAUACUUAAUGGAAUGAGGUAAAAUAAUACUGUUGAUUUUUGAGGUUCAUACACAAAGGUUCAUACUUAUCAUCUGAAA